AUACAAAAAUACUAAUUUGACUUUAAUAAUUGACAAUUGUAUAUAAAAUUUUAAUUAAAAUAUAAUUAUUAAUUAAUUAAUAUUUAUUACGUGAUUAUAACGUUAUCCAAGUCGAACCCCCGAUUCACCCCGAGUCGAGCCCCGAAUCGCUCGACCCUCUAGCCAUGCCGAGUUGAGCUCCGGUCCGAGCUUGAUGACACUUGAAAAAAUCAGUCUGCAACAUUAUCUUAUCUUAUCUCCAAAAUGUCAAAUGAAGACCAGAAACGCGCUUCCCAGUUCCUCUCUUCUUUGCCCUUUUGCUUGGGAUUUAUCCCCUUUUCUCAAAAAACUUUUGAGUAGUUUCUCAAAUUCCCCCCUCUUUUCCGCAAUGGAGCAUCUGAUCAUCACGAUUCCGCAGAAUCAUCCCACGACAGAUUGGUCAGGACUUUUACCAGACAUACUGGCAGAGAUCGCGAUGCAUCUGCAGUCAGCGGAAGAUUUCAUGGCGUUCAGAGGGGUUUGUACUUCCUGGCGAAAAUCCGCCCCAAGUAAAGAUCAUUUCUUCAAUUCCCGCCCUACGAUUCCGUUGCUUAUGCUUGGUGAAAGAUACGGUACAAACACCGAUGAUGAACGCCAGUUUAACAGCCUGACGAAGAGAAAGGUUGUCAUGAGGUUAUUUCUGCCAGAAGCAAAGGGUAAAGUAUGUCUCGGAGCAAGAUUUGGUUGGUUAUUAACCGUCGACAGGGAUUCAGGGGAAAUUACUCUGUUGAACCCUUUUUCUCGUGCUACAAUCCCUCUUCCCUCCCCUGUUUAUAAGCAUCUUUCCCGUCCCAGAUCUGCAUUUAUUACCAAAGCAGUUCUGUCAGCUAAUCCAUUCCAUACAUCCGAUUUCGAUCUCGCCGUGAUUCACAGCGGCGCUUCUUUCUUGGGAGUUUGGAGGUCUACCGGCUCGGAAUGGACCAGCAUAGAAUGUGAUCAUGGUACAUCCAAUACGUUCUUGGACGUGAUUUUCCACAACGGGAAACUUUAUGGUAUUGAUACUAAAAGCCAAGUUUGGGUUUGGAAUGAUUUGACAUCCAAUUCGAAUGUCAAGGUUUAUCAUGCUCCAUCAACUACAGAGGAUGGAUUAUCAUGGCGUCAAAAUGCAUAUCUAGUUGGAUCAUCGAGCGGAAAGUUACUAGUUGUUAAACACGAGUAUUUCCACUGGGAGUGGGUUGGAGUUAUUGAAUUGGAUGGCGCGAGAUUAUGCCAGAGGAAGAAGAUCACCAGUUUGGGAGAUGAUGCUAUUUUUGUUGGCUGUAUUGGUUCUGGUAUGUCGAUUGAGGUUUCGGGCUUUCCGGAUGUGAUUAAGUCCGAUGAAAUUAAGUCAAACUACAUCUAUUUUGCGAACCCCAGGGGAAUACAAAAGGUUAGUUUAGAAGCAAAGAUUAAAGGGUUCGAGUCUUUUAGAUGUCAAGGCCCUCUGGUCUGGAUAACGUUUUGAGUGUACAUAUAAACCUCGGCCUUUAAGCCUUAACUUUAUUGUAUCGCUUUAGUCAUUUUCCAAUGAGUUCAUACAUUUUUGUUGUUUAGUUUAGCCUGAAUCUGCAUUAUUGUAAGUUUAGGAAAGCCAACUUCGCUGCCUUUGAUGGCUUUACUACAUUUUCCCUUUGUUUAUUUGUUUUUAGUUUGCAGCAUUUUUAGUUUUCUCCCUUCCACAAAAUUUGAGAUGAAAUUUGUUCUCGCUUUUCCCCUUUUAAGUUGAAAGGCUAUAUAAAGUAGGACAACUAAACUCCAG